CAGGCGAUGUAUCCAACACGACACACCUUACCUGCCUCAGACUAUACCUUACAUUUCGCAUUCAAGUGUUCAUGCUACUUGGUCAAUAUGGGAAUGAACAGAGUUGACACCAUUGUUUAUAGUUGUAUCUACAUUCAACUAUUUUUUGCAUCAAUUUGCGUUGGUACCUCGCCAUGCAUGCCUGAAACAAGCCGUUUAGGACGGUACACGGUUAGGGGAGCCGGAGGGUUCUGGUCUGAGGGAAUCCCGAACGGGUACGAGGUUGAAGUAUCAAUCAGUUGUGAUACCGGUGCGGUCCCGCAACAUUCUGUGACGUCACAAUGCUCGAACGGAGUAUGGAUCCCAGCAUGGCCUCGGUGCGAAAAACCUUGUUCGGUCCCGCGAUAUAGGUGGGAUGUUCGUCAGUUUGUAAAUGGAGACGCGAGGAAGCCAGUCAACAUAUAUCAUUCCAACGCUGUCUUACCGGACGGAUCAUUCUUAAUUGCUCGAUGCAAAGAUCCUGGAAAGAAAAUGUUGAUCGGUGAUCAACGACGAACUUGUCAAGGAGGGCAGUGGAUAGGACAAGAACCAGAAUGCCGAGAGAUACAGACCAAAGUGUUAUUCUAUGGCGCCAGUCGUGAGGUAGCUCCCAAUGGGACAGUCGUGGUGUACGUACGUCAAGGAGAUAAGAGACGUCUCGAUGUAGUUUGCAGAAUCACCGACUACAGCACGAAAUUACCUCGGUUGAGAACUCCUCUUGAGAACGAUGGAGAAUUAUGGAGCUGGCGCUGGCCCAGAUCACAUGGCAAACGGCUGAAACCUAUUUCUACCGACUUCUCUGGCAUGUUCACAUGCUCUUGGUCCUCAUAUUCCCACAGCGUUCACGUGCUCUUUAAAGCUGCCGAAUGUGAAGUUCCCGAUUUCACCGAACAUGGAGGAUAUAUAUCAGGACGUCACAUUGGGGACAUUGUUUUAAGUGGUACUACAAUCUCGUUUGGAUGCGGAGACGAUUACCGUCUAGUUGGAUCAAGGACACUCGCAUGUGCCAAUGGCAAAUGGUCAGGAGACCUUCCUUUGUGUAAAAUUAACAAAUGUCCAGAGCUGACAAUACCAAACCAUGCUUUGAUGGAGGGGGUCUAUGGCUAUGGAAGGAAUAUCGGAGAUAUAAGGAUAUUCCACUGCCAACAAGGCUACAUUCUACAAGGGGCAACCAAUAGUCUGGUCUGCCUGGAAAAUGGACAUUGGUCCGCCGAACUACCAACGUGCGAAGAACCUCCUGCUGAACCAAAUCGCCCUUCACAGCCUGCACUCGAAGACACUCCACUAGACUACUCUUCUUUUGACUCGCUGUAUGCCAGCGAUGGGCCAUCAUUCCCAAGUUUCUUUGACGAUAAUGGUAAUGAAGAAACUCAACUUUCUUCCCGCCCAACGCCCACCAGCGGCAAUCAACUCGGAAUUAAUGCUGACAAUCAUUCAAGCCCUAGAACACCAACAGAAGGCCGUACAGACACUGCCGAUGAUAUGGGACAGACGUCGAAAGCUUCGAACCUAAGUCACUCCGAAACUGCAGAUGAAUUUCAUCAGACAACGCUAUCCAACAUGCCAACAACCAAAGGCCAUUCAAUGGUUACAGAUGAAGCACGCCAGACAACAAAACCCUCAAACCAAACUACUAGAACCUCUGAUACAACACACCAGACUCAACCUCCUGCAGAUCAGAGUCCGUAAAUGUUGAAGGAACACAGACAACAUCAUCGCCUUCGAACCAAGCCCAUCCAGAAACUGCAGAAGAUUUGUAAAUUACACCACCCACCGCGGCCUUCAACGUAUUGGACAGUACUUAACUCAAUUGCGAUUGCUGAAUAUUAUUUUAUCAUAGUCCACAAUUUUUAUUUUUUUGGUCAAUGGUUGUAGUUAUAUGACUUACAAGAGAAAGCUAUUACAAACAGACAAAGAAGCAAAACCACACUCACCAAAAUUAGCAAAAGAUUGUGCGUUGAAUUGCUGAACAAUAGCUCUGAACGCGCCAGAGGAAUAUCGAAACUCACAUUGAUAUACUAUAAGUGAAUAAUUGGUGCUAUUUGUCACAUGCAGCAUAAAAGAGUUAUUAAAACAAGGUGAACCAGAAACUACUUGAGAUCGAGGUCCAGACAUUAAAACCAUCAGCCCAUCAUAGCCUGAUCCCCACAAGAGUAAAACAAUAGCGUAUUUUUUCAAUCCCUAUACGCAAACACUUUUUACCGCACAUCAAUUCAUUUGAAAAUGCAAGCAAGUGAAAUCAAAAUUGACAGCUGAGGGGGUUUUGUCGACAGUUGGUGUCUAUUUCAUUAUGUUAUUGGUUUUGUUAGCACAUUUUUCGGGGUAAAAUUUUCCAUUUGUAUGCCCUAGAUAGAUUUCAACGAUUGAUAAGAGAAUAUCAAUGUAUAUAUCAAUAUAUUUCUUGCUGUAUUAUUGAAGCGGCUAGAGUUCUUUUUUUUAAUCGGACCAAAAUUUUAAAGAAUGUCUCAAAGUAAUAAAAUCGAGGAGCUCAGACAAGCUCA